AGCAGAAGGCUUUGGUAACCAGGUUAGUGAAGGAGGGAACUGGAAAAAUCACUCUAGGAAUUGGUGAUGGUGCAAAUGAUGUUGGGAUGAUUCAAGAAGCAGACAUUGGUGUUGGCAUUAGCGGUGCAGAAGGAAUGCAGGCAGUGAUGGCUAGUGAUUUUGCUGUUGCACAGUUUCGGUUCUUGGAGCGACUUCUCGUUGUACAUGGGCACUGGUGCUACAAACGAAUUGCUCAGAUGAUAUGCUACUUCUUCUAUAAGAAUAUAGCUUUUGGCCUCACACUUUUUUACUUUGAGGUUUUCGCUGGAUUUUCUGGACAGUCGGUCUAUAAUGAUAUGUAUAUGAUUCUGUUCAAUGUGCUUCUUACCUCACUGCCUGUAAUUGCACUCGGAGUAUUCGAGCAGGACGUGUCUUCUGAAAUUUGCUUACAGUUUCCUGCACUGUACCAGCAAGGACCCAAAAACUUGUUCUUUGACUGGUAUAGAAUAAUUGGCUGGCUUGGCAACGGUGUCUACACCUCCCUCGUAAUUUUCUUCCUCAACAUUAUGUUCUUCUAUGAUCAAGCAUUCUGCGCUGAAGGCCAGACUGCUGAUUUGACUAUUCUUGGUACUUCAAUGUUUACCUGCAUCAUCUGGGCUGUCAACUGCCAGAUCGCGCUCACAAUGAGCCAUUUCACAUGGAUACAACAUGUUUUUAUUUGGGGGAGCAUAGCUGUUUGGUACCUAUCUCUUGUACUCUACGGUAUGAUAUUACCAGAUUAUGCUAAAUAUGCCUUCAGAAUCCUGCAGGAAGAGUUAGGUCCAUCGCCAAUCUAUUGGUGUACCACCCUCGUUGUAACUUUAGCCUGCAUUUUGCCUUACCUUGCCCACAUAGCUUUCCAGAGAUCGUUCCAUCCGAUGGAUCAUCACAUUAUUCAAGAAAUCAAGUAUUAUAAGAAAGACGUUAAAGAUGAGCGUAUGUGGAAGAGACAGCAAACUAAAGCAAGACAGAAGACAAAUAUCGGUUUCACAGCACGAGUAGAUGCCAAAAUUAGGAAUUUGAAAGGAAGGCUGCAGAAAAAGAAUGCACAGAUUGAGUAAACAUAAGCAUAACUGUGUGCAUUGCUUAUCUUCUUUGUUCUUUCGCAGGUUUUGAUUACUAACAGAAAUGGAGGUUGGCCAUUUUGCAAUUUUCCCGCCCUGGCCCUUCUAAUUUGAUUUGUAAGAUUCUUUUAUUGUCCAGUAUAGUGAUCAACAAAUGAGGUCAUUCAUUAGUUACGAAAUACUUUGGUUGCAGUGUACAAUAUUUAUACAUCCAUGUAUAGUUCUGAGAAAUAGCUAAUACACAUUUCUCUUGGUUUCUUA